AUGCUGCACUACGAUGCGAUUGAAAAGGUUGCCCGCUCUCUUGGCCCUGAAGGUUUCAAGCAGGCAGCUUUGCGUGAGACUCAAUCGGUUGCUGUGGCGUUUAGUGAAAAGAAGCUUGCUGAUAUGAAGAGAAUGUUGGCGAACUUUGAGGCUGCGUUUGCACAUUGGAUUGGUCGUUGGAAGAUCGUCGACGCUGAAGAAGCACAAAAGAAGUACAAUAUCAAAAAUGCGACCGGUGCUAUGAUUGGCGUUGCUGGAGCUAUCUGGCCAUAUCGAUUGAUGACCGCUGUCUUUGCAACCCUCCGAGAAAGAUAUCCCGGUCGCCUGUCCCUCGAAUCUAAUACUCCUGUGACCUCUGUCUCGAAGACUUCAAGUCCAGAAUACCCCUAUUCAGUCCAUACCCCGCGUGGUCUCGUCAACGCCAAGCACGUUGUCUACUGCACCGAAGCUCAUACUGCCCGUAUCCUCCUCAAAUUCACGGGUCUUAUCGUACCUCGUCGUGGGCAAGUGAUGGUUCAGCGGCCUGGUGCUGAUUUUGAAGAUUUAUCUGGAAAGCGCUCGUGGAGUUUCUACUUAGAUGAGGGACUAUUCUAUCUCCACCAGAACGCCACCACUGGAGAUAUUAUUCUCGGCGGAGGAGAACUAGGAGGCUUUGACGGCGCACAUAAUAUUUAUGGCGAGCGCUCCGAUGCUAAGGAAUCUUUGGCUGCUAAGACCCAUCUUUCGGGUGCUUUAAGAGUGCUUUUUGAACAGUGGGGUGAGAUUGCUCCAAAUGAGAAAUCCAUCAAGGCAUCUUGGUCUGGAAUUAUGGCCAACUCGUUGGACCAUGUGCCUUUUGUAGGCCAGCUUCCACAGGAAGCAAUCGAUCGUCGUCGCAUUGGUUCACCAGAGAGCGGCGCGGAAUGGAUCUGCGCUGGGUUCAGUGGCUUUGGAAUGACGAAUGCUUGGAUGAGUGGUGUUGCUUUGGCUAGACAACUGGCUGGAAAGGGUGUCCCUGAAUGGCUCCCGGAGCAGUACAGAAUCUCUUCGCAGAGAAUCCGUCAGUUGCAAAUGCAGCUUGCGCAGAUUGGAGGCUCGGAAAAUCACCUUCGCGCACUUUACUCGAAAUUUUGA